CUCGAGCCUUUUCUAGCGCUUUAUGGUUUGUUUUUUUUAACACUCCGGGAGGGCAGAAAUGGCGGCCAACAUGUACCGGGUCGGAGAUUAUGUCUUCUUUGAGAAUUCUUCAAGCAACCCUUAUCUGAUCAGGCGAAUAGAGGAACUGAAUAAGACUGCAAGUGGCAAUGUGGAGGCAAAGGUGGUCUGUUUCUACAGGAGAAGGGACAUCUCACAGAGCCUCAUCCAGCUGGCUGACAAACACGCAAAGGACCUGGAAGAAGAGAAGGAAACCCCCUCAGAGCCUGAACUCACUGAAAAACAGAAACAUCAACUCCGCCACAGGGAGCUUUUCCUUUCCCGCCAGUACGAAUCCCUCCCCGCCACACACAUCAGGGGUAAGUGCAGUGUGGCCCUCCUGAACGAGACCGAAGCUGUGCUCUCCUACCUGGAUAAAGAGGACACAUUUUUUUACUCAUUGGUGUACGACCCCACACAGAAGACACUAUUGGCUGACAAGGGGGAGAUUCGUGUUGGUCCACGCUUUCAGGCUGAUGUCCCUGAAAUGCUACAGGAAGGAGAACCUGAUGACAGAGACCAGUCCAAACUAGAGAUGAAGAUGUGGGACCCAGAUUGUCCGCUGACCAACAAACAGAUUGACCAGUUUCUUGUGGUUGCUCGAGCGGUUGGUACUUUUGCUCGAGCGUUGGACUGCAGCAGCUCCGUCAGACAGCCCAGCUUACACAUGAGUGCCGCGGCAGCCUCACGAGACAUCACACUGUUCCAUGCCAUGGACACUCUGCACCGGCACGGCUAUGACCUCUCCAGUGCUCUGAGCGUGCUCGUUCCUCAAGGAGGGCCAGUGCUGUGCCGGGAUGAGAUGGAGGAGUGGAGCUCGUCAGAGGCAAACUUGUUUGAGGAGGCACUGGAGAAGUACGGCAAAGAUUUCAAUGAUAUACGGCAAGAUUUUCUUCCUUGGAAGUCGCUGACCAGCAUCAUUGAGUAUUAUUACAUGUGGAAAACCACAGACAGAUAUGUUCAGCAGAAACGACUGAAGGCAGCUGAAGCAGAGAGCAAACUGAAGCAAGUUUACAUCCCCACAUACAACAAACCCAAUCCUAACCAGAUCUCCGUCAGUAACGGCAAAAUGGCUACUGUGAACGGUGCAGCAGGCACAGGCAGUUUCCACACAGCCGGAGGCGGGCGCGCAUGUGAGAGCUGUUUUGCCGCACAGUCUGCUCAGUGGUACUCGUGGGGUCCUCCAAACAUGCAGUGUCGCCUUUGUGUGUCCUGUUGGAUGUAUUGGAAAAAGUAUGGUGGCCUGAAGAUGCCAAGCAGAGCUGAGGGGGCAGAGGAAAAAACGCCUCCAAGCCCUGCACCCAAUGAGAUGCGUUCUCGUGGCCAUGGUGCCCGUCAGUCUUCCCACAUGGUUCCGAUAAGGAACAGCGGCAGCCCCAAAUCCUCCAUGAAGACUAAGCAGGCGUUUCUCCUGCAGGCCACCCGCCUCACCAAGCUGGCGCGUCACAUGUGCCGCGACCUCAUCAGGCUGCGCCGGGCCGCACGCCGCCCCUUUGUGCCCAUUAACUGUGGUGCCAUAAAGGCGGAGUAUAUGAUCCGGGUGUCAGAGGGCAUGACAGGGCGACCUAUGAAGCCCAAAUCUUCCCCGAGGAGCACCCUGACCAGCAUCUUGCAGUAUCUUGAGACUCGUCCAGCAACCCAUGUUCAACGGCCUCAUCGCACCCCUGGCCUACAGGUGCAGCCCCCACGACGCCUACUUUCCUCUCUUCCCAGCCAUGGCUCACAUGGCAUGUUGGGAAAACGGAGCUAUCAUCACCACAGCAGGGUUGAAUCUGCAGAGAGGAGAGCCGGUGCUCCAGGACAAGAAAAUCCAGCCCAUAUUGUGGGACCCAUUCUGCAGCAUAAUGGAAGCAGCACCGGUGCCUCCAACCUUCGUGGCAGUGGCCUGAUGCUCCGCAAGAGACGACCCAACUGGAUCGAUGCUCCCGAUGACAGCUUCUUCCUGGUUUCCCGAGAGACGAGGAAAGCCAGAAGGCUGCUCUCCCGUUCACAGUUAAGAAGAGCGUGUAGACAACCAUGCGAGCAGAUCAGCCUGCGCAGGGUCCCCCAGGGGCCAGCGCAGGUGCCUAUCCUGGCACCCCCUCACCCCAGUUUACGGAUGCGAGGCCCAAUCGUCAUCCACGACUGACCCUCAUCUGCAUUGUUGCCUCAGCCU